AUCUUUCGGACUAGGGAGAAUAUCAGCAACGCUCAUCUCCAGAAAUCAAUAAGGAGUUUAAGCCAGCCUGCGGCUCGGAAGAUGGACAAUUCAAAGCACAAAGUUAUUUACUGAUAUAAACCGAUGCGAGAGGAUUGUUUCAUCAGCGGAAUAUUGAUACAUCUGCAGCUGGAAUAACAAAUCUUCCUGAACAUGCUCCGCUUCCUGCGCCGGACUCUGGGCAGGCGGUCCAUCCGCAAACAUGCUGAGAAAGCGCGUCUCCGGGAAGCCCAACGAGCCACGACACACAUCCCUGCUGCUGGAGAUGCCAAGUCCAUCAUCACCUGCCGAGUGUCUUUGUUAGACGGCACAGAUGUCAGUGUAGACUUGCCGAAAAAAGCCAAAGGUGUAGAGCUGUUUGACCAGAUCAUGUAUCACCUGGAUGUUGUUGAGAAGGAUUACUUUGGCCUGCGCUUCAUGGAUUCAGCCCAAGUCCCGCACUGGCUUGAUGUCACCAAAAGCAUCAAAAAACAAGUCAAAAUUGGACCACCAUAUUGCCUCCAUAUGAGAGUAAAGUUCUACUCUUCUGAGCCCAACAACCUGCAUGAGGAGCUAACAAGAUACCUUUUUGUACUACAGUUAAAGCAGGAUAUUCUCAGUGGCAAGUUAGAGUGCCCAUUCGACACAGCGGUGGAGUUGGCUGCAUACUCUUUGCAGGCUGAACUGGGUGACUGUGACCCUGCCGAGCAUAGACUUGACCUGGUGUCAGAAUUUCGCUUCAUCCAAAACCAGACAGAAGAAAUGGAAGUAGCCAUCUACAAUGCCUGGAAGGAGUGCAGGGGCCAGAUGCCAGCACAAGCUGAGAUAAACUACCUGAACAAGGCCAAAUGGCUGGAGAUGUAUGGGGUGGACAUGCAUAUGGUCAAGGCACGAGACGGAAAUGAAUACAGCCUGGGCCUGACCCCCACUGGAGUGCUCGUGUUUGAGGGUGAAACUAAAAUUGGCCUUUUCUUCUGGCCCAAGAUCACACGUCUGGACUUUAAGAAAAGCAAACUCACUCUGGUGGUAGUGGAGGAUGAUGAACAGGUAAUGCAGGAGACAGAAGAGGGAAAAGAGCAGGAGCAUACAUUUGUGUUCCGAAUGGACCAUCCCAAGGCCUGCAAGCAUCUCUGGAAGUGUGCUGUUGAGCACCACGCCUUCUUCCGCCUGCGUGGCCCCGUACAGAAGAGCUCGGCCCGCCCUGGGUUCAUCCGCAUGGGGUCGCGUUUUAGAUACAGUGGGAAGACAGAAUAUCAGACCACUAAGGCCAACAAAGCCAGAAGAUCUGCCUCGUUUGAAAGGAGACCAAGCCGUCGUUACUCUAGAAGGACCAUGCAGAACAGAGGUCCUAUCAAAUCUUCGGACAGCCACAAUAAUGGACCGAGUCCAAGCACAGAAACAAAGUCUGCCCAAACACGAACUCCCUGGUCCAGUAUGCCCGUGGUCAGCAGCCCACCCUCUGCCCCAGGCCCCAUGGAAAUCGAAACUUUCCCCAGGAGCCCCAGUGGCAGCCAAUCGAACAAGAGGAGCAUGCCAUUAGUGACUGACCCUCUAGAGACGAGUGUAGAUGAGGUUCUUCGGGCCUCUGUUCCAAUAGUGACAGCAGAAGAGGUGGGACCCAGCGCUGCUCUUUCCACUGCCAGCACAGUCACUGAGGAGCCACUAUCACUUGCUGAAGCUGCAGCUCGGCUCAAGCAACUGGAGAUUGAAAACACUCCAGUGUCUGCUCCAGCCAGAAACAAUGUCAACGUCAACAUGAACAACCAGGAGGAAGUGGUGAAACUGACGGAGAAAAGUUUGAAUAGUGUGGGCAGCAGUCCUGUCCUGAACCACCUCAAAGCUCCUGAGGAACUCAAGAGCAACAUCCUGAAAGCUCAGGCAGAGGCAGCACUCAAGGAUACUAGAGAUGAGCUUGGAUUGACAGCAGCCAAGAACUGUAACCUGCAGGAGGCAGCAGCAAGACUGACGGCUUGUGGGGGGCAUAUGGGAAGCACCACCUCUCUGCCAGUGAGUGGGCGAGCAGAGCGACAGGAGUCCUGGGACCUGCUUAACCAGCCUGGCCUACUGCCCAGCUCUACCAGCAGCCUGGAAGCGAAUGUGGAUGAAUUCAUCUCAUCUGUGCCCCCACUGUCACCAGAUCCAGUGAAUGAAGCCCAGUCAUCCAAGGUCAGUGCUCUGCAUCCUGAGCCGCUGGCAGCCCCUCUAACUGAUAACCUGAUAGACUUCACAGACCCCAUCCCUGUAGUACCAGCCCCCAAACCCACAAUCACUCCUCGAUGGAUCAUUCCAGCAUCAGCACCUACAUCUGGCACCUUUACUAAUGGCCUCCUUGACUGUACUGCAAAGAUGUCAUUUCACCAUCCCGAGGGGAGCGCUAUUUCCCCACUCCCCCAUGUCUCUCGUGCUCACACUGUGAUUGCCACCAGUAUUGUGGCUCACCCAACCAAGGACAACAACCACAAACCCAAGGGACUGCUGACCACUGAACUCUGAGAGUUAUACCUUGAGAACAUGCCCAGAACUUUUCCACUGAUAGCAACAUUCCAGUUCCUUACAGUACAGGCACGGACAACUGGACUACUACAACUGGAUCAACUCAUCUUCAACAACACUGGCUUCAGACAGACAGCAUCCCAACCCUGAUUUUAAAUGCUCAAAGGGCUAACAGCAGACAUGGGGCCAGUGUUUGGGAACCACCAUUCUUUUAGUAACUUUUAUACUUCAUUUGAGUAGUGACUCAAAACUGCCCAGUUUUGUAGCACAAGCGCCGUAUCACUGCAAGAUGUUUUAAUUUAAGCUGUUUCAGGGUCAGGUGGUAAUAUCUAAAACGAUGUUGCUCUUCCACCAACUGUCCACCUCCUGUUCAGAUGCCCUCUGAUUGGAUGACUGUAAAAGAGCUUGUGAACCCACUUGGAUCACAGUGCAUCUCUGACAGAGUACCUAAUUUUUAUAACUGGUGCAGUUCUUCCUAUAGAUUUUUAAUGUUUGUUUUAUCUUUGCCUUUAUUUUUCUCUGCUUUAUCAUGAGAAGUAGUUGCAUUCAGUAUUAAGCAUUUAGUUACUGUACUUCAUACUGCACUGUUGUAAGAGGACUGUUGUUUAGCACUGAGCAACAUGAAGUCAUUGAGCCAAGUUUCUCUGUCUCAACCUUCUACCAAUGUUGUCUUUAUUCAAACGUAGUUCUGACUUGCCUUAUUUUAAUGGUUAAUGUAAGAUUUUGUUUGCGUUAAACACACAUUUUAUGACAAACAUAUUACUACAUAGAACGUAUUUCAAUGUAUUUUUGGCAUCUACUUUGUAACUGCAGUAAUUCACUGGAUUUUGUGUGUAUUAUGUGAUAGCAGCUCUAACUGUGUGUUUUUACGCUGUUAAUAUAUGCUGGAUUAGAUGUUAUGUAAGACAUCCAGGAGCAGCUAAGGCCUCGGUUAACCACUGGCUCAUAUAGUACAGUAUUGAAACUGCUGAAGGCUUGGAAAAUGUGAACUUGCUAAAACUUUUUCAUUGUGACAGAAUAAAAAAAAAAACUUCUUACAGUCACCACUGAAAGAGGCCUUUCGUGGACCCCUCCUUCACUGUACAUUUCACAAGCAUUUGCUGCUAUCUUUCAGUACACUGAAAAGUGCAUCACAGAAUAAUCAUUGGUAUAAUCACUGGAUCCACUUGGUUAAAAUGGACAUCUGUGGAUUGCCUUCAGUGGCACAACUUUUUCUACAAUCAGUAAGACAUCUUUGAAGUUGUUUAUAAGGUCUACACAUGUUCUGAUUUCAUCUGUAGUCUUUCUUUACUCGAAAAAGUGUUCGUUACAUAGGGCAGUUGUAGCAAGAGUCUGAUAUGGUAAUCACAUUUGCUUUCACCAUCUUGCUGUCAAGUUUAUUUACUUGUAUUAAUGUCAUCUGUAGAUGUCACAAUAAUGAGCUGUAUUAUAAAUAUACACUGACUGUAAGUAUUCUGUCA